GAGCUCGUAAAAAAACGUGAAUCUUAUUUUAUAAAACCUCCCUCUCCAUUGGUCUUUCACAUCAAAACUCUUGUGAACAAAUCCGCCAUUAUCCGUGGAAACAUGGUGGUUGUGAGAGAGAGAGACCAAGACAUGCCGUCUUUACACAUACCCGUGGUUGACCUAAGCGACCCCGAUCAGGAGCUAGCGGCGCGUGCGGUGGUGAAGGCGAGCCAAGAGUGGGGGGUCUUCCAGGUGGUCAACCACGGGAUCCCCACGGAGCUGAUACAGCGUUUUAAGGAUGUCGGGAGGCAAUUCUUCGAGCUCCCUGAAUCCGACAAGGAAGCCGUGGCGAAACCAGCUGACUCCAUUUACGGAUACUCAAGGAGGCGCGAGAUGAGAAACGGAAGGUACAAGAAUGUGUUGCAUAAAACGAUACUGGAUAAGGAGAAAACAAGAAUGUCUUGGCCGGUUCAGGUGAACCCUGCCUACGAUAUGGUCGUCGGACCUUUUCCGGAGCUUACCGGCGACGACCAUCCUCCCAAGUUUAGGCCCAUCGUCGACAAUGACUACGUGUACCGCAAGCUCCGCAAACUAUACUUCUCCGAUCACGACACACAUAACUAACGUCAAAAUCCACAUAUAUGAUCCAAUAUGGCAAAACAGACAUGGAAAAUAAUGUUGCAAGCAAAACAGACACCGAUACUAAUAGGCACCAUAACAGAAAUAAUCUACGUACAGUAAUUAAUGUUUUUAUAUCAGAUUUUGUGUUUGUUUGAAACAUGAACUAAUUAAUUUUCAAC